AUGAAGAAUAUUACUCAUAAAAAUCAGGUUGAAAAAAUAAAAAAAUAUAAUCAACAAUCUUCAGAAAUGUUAAAUACUUUCUCAUUUGAAUUACGAACACCUUUAAAUAUUAUUUCAUAAGUAGUCAGUAUCACUAAAGAUUUAACUACUGAGUAAUAAGCCAUUAGAGAAUAUCUUGAAUUGAUGUAAUGUUCUAAUUCUAUUUUAUAUCAUUCAAUAAAUGAUAUAUUAGACUAUUCUUCAAUCUAAUCAAAUAUGUUUCAUUAUAAAUUUAAUCUAUUUUAGAUUUAAGAUGUUAUAUAAGAAAUUGAACAUAUUUUUAUAUAACAAGUCAAAUAAAAGAAUGUUAGAUUCUCAACUAAAAUAUAAAGCUGUUUACUUGAUAAAUAGAUUUAUUCAGAUAAGCAACGUAUAAUACAAGUUAUUAUCAAUAUACUAAAUUAUACUUAUAAUCAAGCUAAAUCAGGUGGGGAAAUGUCAUUAUCUUUAUUUUAUCUUGAUGAAUAAAGGAUAUAAAUUACAGUGCAUCAUAAUGAAAUUCUAAAAAAUGGAAAUACUUAAAUAAUUCCUCAAUAGAUUAUAUUAAAGAAUCAAGAAAAUGAUAGAUAAUUUAAUUUAACUAAAAAUCCAGAAUUAGGUUUAGGAUUGAAUCUAUCUGCUAAAUUAGUAUAAGGAUUGGUUGAUACUAAUGAUAAUUAUGUUGAAAUUGUAACAUCUUUAUAAACAGGAACAAGUAUUAGUUUUUGGAUUCAAGAUUUGGAUUUAAGUCAAUCUUAAGAACAAAUAUUCUUAAAAGGUUCAUUAAAUACUGGUAAAUUUAUGUCUUGCAAAAAAUCAAGAUCAUUAUAAGAUGAUAAUUUUGUAAUUCGUCGAUAUAGUGAUUAUAUACUUUAGGAUGAUCAAUUUUAUUUAGAAAAGAUGGGUCAAAAACCUGAUUGCUUAAAUUCAAAUGAUAGUCCAAAAAUAAUAGAUGAUUUAAAUGAAAAAAUUAAAGUACCAUAAUAAAAUUAUUUCUAAUUUAAAUCUCUUGAGAGUCCUAUUUAGGGAAAUAAAACAUUUUCUUUUAAAUAUUCAACCUUGUAAGCUCAUGAAUGUACUAGCUUUUGCAAACGAAUUUUAAUUGUUGAUGAUUAAGUACUAAAUUUAAUAGCAUUCAAAGCAUUAUUAAAUCAUUGUCAAAUUUAAUGUGAUUCAGCUUAUGAUGGAAAUCAAGCAAUAUAAAGAGUAAAAGAGAAAAUGAAUACUUAAUGUUAAUUUUAUGAAGUAAUAUUUAUGGACAUAGAAAUGCCAGGUAUGAAUGGAUUUGAAACAUCUAAAGAAGUAAUCCAAUUAUAAAUAUAAGAUAAUUAAACAAGGAGGUAAAAAACCGACAAUUAUUAUGUGUUCUGCCUAUGAUACUAAAGAAAAUAUGAAUUAAAGUGAUCACUAAGGAAUGAGUGAAUUUUUACCUAAGCCAGUGAAUAAAAUUGAUCUUCUUAGAAUUCUUAAAAAAUAUCAAUUAGUUAAAUGA